AUGGCCACCUCCUCUGUGGCUGCUAUCUGCCGGCCCGACAGCCGCCUUGCCGCCAUCACGGACACCAGCCGCGUGCAGCCAAUAAAGCUGGCCAGGGUUACCAAGGUGCUGGGCAGGACCAGCUCUCAGGGACAGUGCACGCAGGUGCGCGUGGAAUUUAUGGACGACAUGAGCUGCUCCAUCAUUCGCAAUGUAAAAGGCCCCGUACGCGAGGGUGACGUGCUCACCCUGCUAGAGUCUGAGAGAGAAGCUCGGAGGCUACGCUGA